AUGCUUAUCAAAGUGGAGACACUGACGGGAAAGGAGAUUGACAUUGACAUUGAACACACAGACAAGGUGGAGCGAAUCACGGAGCGUGUGGAGGAGAAAGAAGGAAUCCCCCCACAACAGCAGCGGCUUAUCUGCAGCGGUAAACUGAUGAAUGAUGAGAAGACAGCAGCUGAUUACAAGAUCCUAGGUGGUUCAGUCCUCCACCUGGUAUUGGCUGUGAGAGGAGGAGGUGGUCUUAGGCAAUGA